CUGGAUUUGCAAACUGCACCAUGCCUUCUUCUUGGAUCGGAGCUGUGAUGCUUCCCCUCUCCGGGCUGCUGCUGUGUCUCCCGGCCGGGGCGGACGUGAAGGCUCGGAGCUGCGGCGAGGUCCGCCAGGCGUACGGCGCCAAGGGAUUCAGCCUGGUGGAUAUCCCCUACCAGGAGAUAGCAGGGGAGCAUUUGCGGAUCUGUCCUCAGGAAUAUACCUGCUGCACGACGGAAAUGGAAGACAAGUUAAGCCAACAAAGCAAGCUCGAGUUUGAAAACCUGGUGGAGGAGACAAGCCAUUUUGUCCGUACCACAUUUGUGUCAAGGCACAAGAAAUUUGACGAAUUUUUUCGAGAGUUGCUGGAGAAUGCAGAGAAAUCCCUAAAUGACAUGUUUGUCCGGACUUAUGGAAUGCUGUACAUGCAGAAUUCAGAAGUGUUCCAAGAUCUUUUCACGGAGCUGAAGAGAUACUACACUGGGGGCAAUGUGAACUUGGAGGAGAUGCUCAAUGAUUUCUGGGCCCGACUCUUGGAACGCAUGUUCCAGCUGAUAAACCCUCAGUAUCACUUCAAUGAGGACUAUUUGGAAUGCGUGAGCAAAUACACAGACCAGCUGAAGCCAUUUGGGGAUGUGCCCCGGAAACUGAAGAUCCAGGUCACCCGUGCCUUCAUUGCUGCCCGCACCUUUGUCCAGGGCCUGACUGUGGGAAGAGAAGUUGCCAACCGAGUUUCCAAGGUCAGUCCCACCCCUGGGUGCAUCCGGGCUCUGAUGAAGAUGCUCUACUGUCCCUACUGUCGAGGCCUGCCCACCGUGAGACCCUGCAACAACUACUGUCUCAACGUCAUGAAGGGCUGCCUGGCCAACCAGGCCGAUCUGGACACCGAGUGGAACCUGUUCAUAGAUGCAAUGCUUUUGGUGGCAGAACGAUUGGAAGGGCCAUUCAACAUUGAGUCGGUCAUGGAUCCUAUAGAUGUCAAGAUUUCUGAAGCCAUCAUGAACAUGCAAGAAAACAGUAUGCAAGUGUCUGCAAAGGUAUUCCAGGGAUGUGGCCAGCCCAAACCAGCUCCUGCUCUUAGAUCUGCCCGCUCAGCUCCUGAAAAUUUUAACACACGUUUCAGGCCCUAUAAUCCUGAGGAGAGACCCACAACUGCUGCAGGCACAAGCUUGGACCGGCUGGUCACAGACAUAAAAGAGAAAUUGAAGCUGUCUAAAAAGGUCUGGUCGGCGUUACCCUACACCAUCUGCAAAGAUGAGCGUGUGACAGCAGGCACGUCCAAUGAGGAGGAGUGCUGGAACGGGCACAGCAAAGCCAGAUACUUGCCUGAGAUCAUGAAUGAUGGGCUGACCAACCAGAUCAACAAUCCCGAGGUGGACGUGGACAUCACACGGCCCGACACAUUCAUCAGACAGCAGAUCAUGGCUCUCCGUGUGAUGACCAACAAAUUGAAGAAUGCCUACAAUGGCAAUGACGUCAACUUCCAGGACACAAGUGAUGAGUCCAGCGGCUCAGGCAGUGGCAGUGGAUGUAUGGAUGACGUGUGUCCCACGGAAUUUGAAUUUGUCACCACAGAGGCCCCAGCUGCUGACCCCGACAGGAGGGAAGAAGAUUCUUCAGCAGCACGGCUGAGCCACUCCCUCCUCUCCUUGUCUGUGGCCUGUGUGGUCCUGGCACUGCAGAGACUGUGCAGAUAAUCCUGGGUUUUGGUCAGAUGAAACUGCAUUUUAGCUAUUUGAGUGGCCAAUUCCCUUCUUUUCUUACAGUCUUGGGCAAUGGACCAUGCCACAAAAACUUACCCUUUUUUUAUGAGAAGAGAGCAGCAUUGUAAUCUGCCUCCUUUUUUUGUUUUCCCAAAGAGUACCGGGUGCCAGAUGAACUGCCUCCUCUUUCCUUCAGUUAUCUGUGGGGACCUUGUUUAUUGCAGAGAAAAUUCUUACUCAAAUCUUUCAUACCAGGAGAUUUUUUUCUUACCUUCAUUUGCUUUUAUGCUGCAGAAGUAAAAGAAUCUCACGUUGUGGGUUUUUUCCCCAUUAAAAAAAAAGGUAGGAAGAAAAAAGAAUUUUCCUUUUAAAAUCAGGCUAAACCCCAAGACAACUGCAUUUUCAACAAAGAAGCAACAAGAGAGGAAAAUAAAGGAACUUUCAUGUUAUAGGUUCAAUAUUAACAUCCAACUCCCAGGGAAGCUUUUCCGUGACAAACCAAGAUGACACAGAUAUUUAUGGGAAGAAAGCUUGAAUUUUUUUAAAGUUGUAGCAAAGUACAGUGU